AUAUCUCCUUGGAGAGAGAGGGGAGGGAGCAGUGUGUGUUUUGAUGGCCUCUCUCUAAAGACUUUAACAACUGCCACCUUGCAAGCAGUCACAGCCAGCCAGCAGCAGUCAAAGGGGUGACGGUGUGGAAGUAUGUGGAGUGGAAUCUUGCCUCUAUUCCUGGCCGGGCUGCAGCUCCUCUGUACAGAGCGUGUCCGCUACUGCCAAGCCCAGAGGCUGCCUGUGGAUAAGAACGAGACUCUGGUCCAGAGCGCGAUGAGGGAACAGCGGUACUACCUGCUCCGUCUGUUCGGGCACUACGGGGACAACGGCAAGCUGACCUUCGAGGGCCUACGCAGGCUGCUGGUCAACCUGGGACUGGGCGCAGUGCAGGUGGUGGAAAUCGAACACGAAGAUCUCGGGCACGCACACGUCUCGCACUUGGACGUUCUCGACCUGCAGGAGAAAGGACAUGUACACAGCCACGUUCUAGACGAUCACCAUAUCGACCAACCCACCAGCAAGGUGGAGGCUAACUCUGCAACCAACCCCUCCACACUGAGCCACAGAUUGGAGCAGAGAGCCAAGACCAAGAGAGGACUUCCUGCUUUGGGAAGAGACGAUGACUUGUGGAACCGUAGGCCCAGCGGCUCCAGAGUCGGGAGGUUGGCACGUCAGAGUGUCGAUGAAACAAAGUCCACCCUCACAUUGGCCAAGGACAUCACCUUCAACCACUCCAAAUUCAACCACUGGCACGGAAAUUGUUUGAAUGUAAGCCAGCUUCUGGUGAACUUUGGAUUGAGUUCUGUGAACGAGAUUACUCUGCAACAGUUCACCUACAUCUGUCCAGCAUUGUUGUAUCAGAUUGACAGCCGUGUCUGUAUCUACCAUCACGACUGGCUCCAGAAACAGCAGACGAAUGAUCACUCCACAUCAGUGUGGCUCUGUGGCUUUGCAGCCAUUACUGCGAUCAGCCUGACAUCACUGAUGGCCGUUGCUGUAAUACCGUUUCUGGGGCCAUCUGUGUCCGACUCGCUUCUCAACUUCCUUGUGGCACUAGCUGUGGGCACGCUCGCAGCUGAUGCUCUGCUACAUCUCAUGCCUCAUGCCCAGGAUCACACACACAAGACUCCAGAGAGCAGUACAGGGCACUCAAUACUGGAGGGGAAGGAUGCGAUUUGGAAAGGCCUGACUGUACUGGGUGGAAUCUACCUCCUCUUUCUCAUCGAGAACCUCAUAGAUUUGUCCAGGAACCACGGUAGAAAGAUCAAGUCGACAGAUAAAAGGCAGCAGGCGGCCAUGACAGGCCUCAAAAUGGAAGAUUGUGUCAACGUCGAAGUAGGCCGCUUGGAUCCUGAUCACGAGGAGAUGCUGAAGGUGUCACUGAGUGACUGCCAACGUUCAGAGGCUUGUGACGGGGAAGAUCUGGAUGAGACGGUACCAGAGGUGACGUCUCUUGGACAUUCCAGCCACCCACGGGCUGGUGAAAGUGAGCAAGGCCCCCGACGAGAUGACUCCAGCCUCAAGCCACAAGGCCGAUCCUGUACGCACUCCCAUGCACUGGUUGGCGCGCAGGGCUCUGGGAUGGUGAAUAUUGCCUGGAUGGUGAUUGUAGGAGAUGCCGUGCACAACUUCACCGAUGGCCUCGCCAUUGGGACCGCGUUCUCCACUGGCAUCACCGGAGGGUUGAGCACCACCAUUGCUGUCUUUUGCCACGAACUUCCUCAUGAACUCGGUGACUUUGCUGUGUUGAUACAGGCAGGGAUGGAGGUGAGGAGAGCUGUGAUAUUUAACCUGGUGUCGGCUGUCUUCAGCUACCUGGGCAUGGCACUGGGGAUUAUAGUCGGACAAAACACAGUCAACGUAACUCCCUGGAUAUUCACCAUUACUGCAGGCAUUUUCCUGUAUGUGGCGUUGGUCGACAUGCUCCCCGAAAUGCUACGAAGCCAAUCCAACGGCAGACGCAAGCGACAUCUCGGACAGUUUUUGGGGGAGAACCUGGGCUUCCUGCUGGGAGCUGGAGUCAUGUUGUGCAUCGCACUGUUUGAGGAUCGACUUCUCUUCGACUACAGCUAUUAAUAUUGUGAAGCCACGUGGAGAGGAGCAGCGCAGUUCCUCAUACGAUGAAUGAAUGAAUGAAUAAGUUUAUUGGCCAAGUAUUCACAUACAAGGAAUUUGCCUUGGUGCUCCACCCGCAAGUGACAACAUGACAUGCAGUGAGGAAUGACACAUAAAACAUUAUUAAUAAAAUUAUAAAUAUGAUACGAUAGAACUUUAUUUAUCCCAGGAGGGAAAUUAAUCUGCCAACAGUUAAUACACACAAAAUGCAGUCAAGGGGGGAGGUAAAGCGGCAAGUGUAGCAUUUCUUGCGGUUGCAAGGGAAAGUGCCAGGGGAGGGACAAAUUGACCAGGGAGUUACGGAGGGAGCGGUCUCUGCGGAAAAUCAGGGAAUUACGGAGAAAACUGGUUUAACUGAAUGAUCUGCCGAGAUUUUGUUUAAGGUCUCAAGACUUGUCUCUGAGGCCAAAUCCUCAUUUCACUAUCCUUUCACCAUGAUUAAUGCCAAACAGAUAUAUAUAUAUAUAGUACUGGCCUCCACCGCCCUCUGAGGAAGAGAAUUCCACAGACUCACAACUCUCUGGGUGAAAAAGUGUUUCCUCAUCUUCGUUCUAAAUGGCCGACCCCUUAUUCUUGAACUGUGUGUGUGGCUCCUGGUUCUGGACUCCCCCAACAUCGGGAACGUGUUUAGUCUAGUUUAAUUGGGGUUUAGACUCCUUCUCCUCCUUGCGUAUGGAAUUGCGCAGCCUAGCGUUAAAGGACAACGUGUUCUAUUUGAUCUUAUUUUGAUU